UGUUCGAAUUCACCAAAGCGAACAUUCCAUUAACUCCGAUCCACUCUCUUUUCUUAGGGAAAAGAAUAAUGGCUUCUCUCUCUGUAAAUUCUAUAAUUUCCCUGAGCACUUCCCUUUCAUUACAUUCUAAAAACCCACUUAUUCACAGUGUCUUCAGUUUCACGCCUUCAACCACAAGGCAUUCAGCUAUAUGCUGCUCAAAUAUUCGUCGGCGGCCGGAGUAUAAACAUGGAAAAUUCUCUGACCCUGAUUAUGUUGGUAUUUUUGACACCAGUCUUCGCGAUGGCGAACAGGCCGCUGGUGCUACCAUGACUAGUAAAGAAAAACUGGACAUUGCACGUCAGUUGGCUAAGCUUGGUGUUGAUGUUAUUGAGGCCGGUUUUCCUUUUGCCUCUGAAGCUGAGUUCGAGCUUGUAAAGUUGAUAGCACAGGAAAUUGGUAAUAACGUAGACAAAGAAGGAUACGUGCCGAUGAUAUGUGCCUUAGCUAGGUCUAGUAAGAAGGAUAUUGAAAGAGCUUGGGAUGCUUUAAAGUAUGCAAAGAAACCAAUGCUUCAUAGUAAGAAAAUAUUUCAAGAUCGAAUUAGGUCAAAAAUUGUAAUGGCCUUAAAAUAUCGUGGAGAGCAAGUACUAGGUGGUAUCUAUACUGGGAUUAAUACAAAGCAUAUAUUCAUGACGAGCAAAAUGGUAGAAGAGUACAGUGGGCUUAAGCUGCAGCCACAUAAGGCCAUUGUCGGAGCUAAUGCAUUUUCUCAUGAGAGUGGCAUCCAUCAGGAUGGAGUGUUAAAGAACAGAGAUACAUAUGAAUUUGUAUCUCUUGAAGAUGUUGGGUAUCGUCGUGCUAAUGAAAACGGUAUUAGUCUGGGAAAGCUCAGUGGCCGCCAUGCAUUGAAAGCCAAAAUGGCUGAGCUUGGAUAUGACUUUGAUGGAAAAGAACUUGAUGACCUCUUUCGUCGAUUCAAGUCACUGGCUGAGAGGAAAAAGGUGAUUACGUUGCUGAUAUUUCAUAGUGCAACAGUCAAAUUUGUGAUCGCACCUUUUCGUUCCUAGUGUUUGUCCAUAUUUUUUGAGUUAAUUUCAAAUAUGAUCACUAAUUUCUACUAUAACAAUAAAAUUUAAAUUUUUUUAUUCGCAUUAAAGUGACUGAACUAACAAUUAAAAAUAUUUGAAAAAUAUAUGAAAAAUUACGGCCAAAGAAAAACUCUUUUGACUCUCGACAUCCGAGCAUCACCACAUAGUAAUAAAUGAGAAAAUUAUUUUUUAUCAAAUUAAAGUAACUGAAUUUUACUUAUUAUUCAUAAUAAAAGAAAAUCACUAAACUAUACGCACUAUAGUGGCAAAACCUAUCCAUAUUCAAGGUGACUUUAAGUACCGGUCUAGUAGGUAGAUUUUUGUGAUUUUACUGUUAUAGUGGAUAAAAUUAAAGUCACUUUUUUUGAUAAAUUGGAAGAAUAGCCUGACAGACAUCUCACUUAUUCGGCUUUGACAUCCCGGUCCCCCUACUCCAUAUAAUUUCAACCAAACACUUAAACUUGUAUAAAACAUUAGUCUUAAACACCUCUGAUACUGUGUGUGUUGUUCACUCGUGCUGAUAUAAAGGACACAUCAGAUCCACCUCAGAUAUAUUAAUGCCACAUCAUUAUCUAUUUUUACAAAAAAUAUUUUUUUAAUAAAAAUAUCAAACUCAUCCCUUUCUUCUCCAAAAAAAAAAAACAAACCUUAUUCCUCUCUCCACCAUUCCAUCUCUGCCUCUUCCACCCGUCACCGCCACUACCAAACACUGCACCCUUCCUCUUCCAUGAGAAAACACUCAAUCAAACCUACUUCAUCUUUUAUUUUUGUCCUAAACUUCUCCAUUACUACAAUCUAUUCAACCACCCAUGGUAGUCUUGUUGCCACCAUCGCCAGCAACCACUCCAAAACCACCACUAUAUCUCCUCUUCUCUUCAUAUUCAUGUCACUCUUUCAAAACCUAGACAUUGAACGAGUUUAAUAAAAUCUAUCCUUAAAUUUUCUUUCUAGCCAAAUACCCAAAGCAAAACCAAAAAAAUUGAAAAAGAAAGAGAAGAAAUUUUUACUCAAAAUUCUUAUUGACCCCUCCAGCAACGAUAAAAUUUAUAAAACUAACAAAAUCAAGCUUCGGCGUUUUCAACAACCGAUGACGAUCCAAUUUCUGGCUUAAACACUAUUUUCAAGCUUCAAUGUCUCUUAAUUCUCCGGCGUCUUCAUUGUCUUCUUCAGUUAUUUUGAGAAAAACAAAAAUUAAAUAACUUUGUUCCUUGACUAGCUGCUCUGCUAAACUCUAUUAGUUUGGUCUUGUUAUACUGCUUCUUUUUUUAUUUUUAUCAUAGUCCAGUUGAUUGCUAAAAUUGUAAGAGAAAUAAUGUAAUGCUGUUUGAGAAAACUCUACUUGAGAAACAAAAAUUUAAUAUAGAGGGUGUGGAGCGUGUCAAUUUCAAUGGCGUUUUUAAGAGAUUUGGGGGUAAGAAGAAGCGGCUGGGAUAGAGAGGGGCGAGAUAAUGGCUAGCAUUGUUUUUAAUUUUUUUUUUCUUUUCAUUUUUCUCUUUUAUUAUUUUCUAAUCAAAUUUUGUAUAGUUACUCGCUUUUAGGAGCGUGCAAUCACUUAUUUUGUUUGACUCACAAAACAAAGGCUACAUAAGUUUGGUCAAUGGUUAGAUGAGUUUAAAACUAAUGUCUUAUACAAGUUCAAGUGCCUGAUUGAAACUAUGUGGAGUAGGGUGAUCGGAAUGUCAAAGCCGAAUAAGUCGAGGCAGUGGCGAAGCCAAGAAAUUCAACAAGGGUAUUCAAACCUUUGCCAGUGGGCUAUGUAAGGGUGUUCAAAGCCUAUUUUUAAUCAAUAACAAGUAAUAUUUUACCUUAUACGGAGUAUAAUUUUCUGGCGAAGGGUAGUCAGUUGACCACCCUUGAUUGCACGUAGCUUCGCCCCUGAGUC